AUGGCAUUUAGAAGAUUUAUAGCUCGCAGAGGAAGAUGUACUAUUGUAUACUGUGACAAUGGAUCUAAUUUUGUCGGAGCAGCUAAUUCAUUAAAACAACUAGAUUGGAAUCGUAUACAGAAACAUGGAGUCGUCAAUUCGAUCGACUGGAAGUUUAACCCACCGACUGCCACAUGGUGGGAGCGAGUAAUAAGAAUAUUGAAAGAUCUGUUAAAAAGAGUGUUAGGUAAGGCACAUAUCAAUUAUGAAGAAAUGGCAACUGCUCUGGCAGACUAUGAGAGCGUAAUCAACUCAAGACUUCUGACUUAUAUCUCUGAAGCAGAUGCGAUAAAGCCCAUUUCUCCAUCGAUGUUUUUGCAUGACAUUCAUAAAUGCAGUGUUCCAGAUAUUGAUGCUGUGGAACAAAAUUCUUUCUCCAAGAGACUAAAAUACAGACAAAUCAUACUUAAAGAACUGAGGAACCAAUUUCGGUCGGAAUACUUACGUGCUCUCAUUCAACGAGGGAACGAUAAAAAACUAAGACACCCAGUGGCUGUGGGUGAUUUUGUUCUAGUGGGAGCUGAUAACAAAAAGAGAAUUAACUAG